AUGAGCUUUCAAGAAUAUUAUAAUGCUUAUAAUAAAAGACACGUCUACAAGACAAAAAAGUGUUGUCAGGAAGAAGUGGUGAAGUUAUGGAACAUAGCAAAACAAAAAUUCCCGAAGAAAGAAGAUUUGGUUCAGCACGUUCAACGUGAGAUCGAUCAGCUUCUAAGAGAAGCAGCGGAAAGAAAGGCCCGAAAUACUUUAGCAUUCCUCUCUAAGGGAAACACUAGGACCUCUGAUAGUGUUCCAACUCAAGUUGAAACGAACGCUUUAAGAAGUGCUUCAAACCUAGAAUGUGCAAGUCUAACUGAGAUUAGCGUUGAGAAACUAAGGGAUCAAGAUUUUGACAAUGAACCUCAACCGGCAGGUGCUAUAAAACGAAAAACACAGUCUCUAGUGAUUAGCGAUGAUGAGGAUGAAGUUACGUCAAGUUCCACACUAUCCACUGUACGUCCUACUCCAGCGCAAGAUGCUAUCAAAAAAGAAAUUGAUAAACGACGAUUGGAGCUAGACUUGACGGAAAGACGCAAAGGAUCUCUUGUUGCUGACGGCACUGAACAUGAGAAAGUACGAAAGUUGCGGCAAGAAAUUGAUGAUUUAGAAAAGAAACUCAAACAUAAGGAGAAACAGAGAGUGUACUCGAUAAAGCACAGAAAAAAUAAAAAACAGAAAAUGAUUGAAUUGUGUUCUAAAAAUCCUGAAGCGGCAAAAUCGUUAACACCUCGAGUUAGCUCUGGACGUCCACGCUUAGAGGAAGAGCAGCCUGGAUUGCUAAAAACAAUUACUGAUUUAGCUAUGUUUGGUGCGUCUGCUGAGGAACGGCGCCGCUGUGAAAUUGUUCGUACAGUCCACAGUCUUUCAGAAUUAACUGAAAAACUAAUAGAGCUGGGAUUCAACAUUUCACCAAGUGCUACUUAUAUUCGACUGUUGCCUAGGCGAGCAGAUACGAGGGAGGCUAAGCGCCAUGUAGUGACUGUUCCGGUGAAGUUGAGUCGUCCUGAAGCAGACCAUCAUAAAGCGCACCAAGACCAGUACUUUUCUGUGGCUUCCAUAAGGUCACUAGAAACUGUAGCCUCAAUACUUGGCCCUGACUCUGUAUCUUUUUUAUCUCAAGAUGACAAAGCUCGUGUUCCCAUAGGACUGACAGCGGCAAACAAACAAGCCCCUUUGCUAAUGCAUGUUGAAUAUAAAGUGUCGUUACCAGAUCACGAUUUUAUAAUUGCUGCAAGGCAUAAAUUGAUUCCGAGUGUCUAUGCUUUGUGUGAAGUGAAACCCAAUGAGAUGGGGCGGCCAGAAGCCGUCUCAUACAGUGGACCAACAUACAUAGCAAUCCGAAGUGGUAAGCACUCGUCUUCCACUGCAACUAGUCACGCUCAAGACUUAGACACUCUCUUAACUCUUGAACCUUUUCUCAAAAUCAUGAAGAACGAAGACGGUAAAGUCAAACCUGUCCUAAUCAUUUCAAGUGACGGUGGUCCCGACGAGAAUCCGCGAUAUCGAAAAGUAAUCGCCCAUGCCAUAGAGCAUUUUAAAAAGUAUGAUCUAGACGCAAUAUUUAUUGUGACUAAUGCCCCUGGCAGAAGCGCCUUCAACAGAGUAGAGAGACGCAUGGCUCCACUUAGCCGAGAACUAACUGGUGUUGUUCUUCCUCAUGACUCUUUUGGAACACAUCUUGACUCCAAUGGCAAAACAAUUGAUGAUGACUUAGAAAAAGAUAAUUUCAAAAAAGCAGGAGAAAUUUUAGGUGAAAUAUGGUCCGCAGUGUGCAUUGAUGGACACGACGUAAUUGCUAAUUACAUCGACCCAAACAACGACACUUUUAAUGUACCGGAUCUUCCAACUGAAGAUUGGUACACCGAGCAUGUUAGAGAGAGUCAAUAUUUACUUCAGGUUGUGAAAUGCGAUGAUCGACAGUGCUGCAGCCCACGUCGAAGUUCUUUACAUUUAGUACUACACGAUCGUUUUUUGUCACCCCCAUAUCCUAUCACUCAAGUUAAUGGACAUCCGACGAUCCCGGAUCCUCAAGAGCAUGACAAUAAAUCAUUUGCGCCAUUUCUAAUUCGCCACUGCCUACCGAUUCAACCGUUGCACGCCUUCAUGAGCAUGCCUUACGACCUCUAUUGCCCAAGUUUACGCGAGAAUAUAGAAAAGAGAUGCUGCAGUACAUGCGGUAUCUAUUUUGCAUCCACCACAAAAGUCGCAGAACAUCGACGUGCGGCCCAUCACGCACGAGCUGUGCAAACACGCAAAUUGCGACCCUCGCGGAUUAUCACAAGACGAGCUGCUGAGCUUCUGUGUGCAAGCGACAACGGUUUAGAGUGGCUAAAUCAGAGUGAAGUUGAAGGAGCAGAUGAUUUUAUUGAAAAUCACUUGGAUAUGUUGGUUCCAGUAAUCACUCUUGAGGCCGUGCACGAGUCUCCGUGGACUGAAUUAGAAUAG